GUCUCGGACGAACAGUCAGAACGGGACGUGACACACGACCUUCUUUCGAUAGGAAACCUUUGAGUACUUCGAGCAUAAAUUCAACAUUUUUUUUCUCUUUUUCCUUCCAUUCCUCUUUUUGUUCACGGGUUCUAUCCCUUCUCUUGAAAUCACCAAUUUACGAAUGAUGCAUAUCAAAUAUACGACGCGUAACUCUCCUCUCGUUGCCUCAUGCUGUCAUUUUGCCAAGUGCAAUCGACGCACGUGCGGUUGUACCAAGAACUAUUAACAUAUGUCUUCAUGUCGUCAAAGCCAUGCAUGUUUAUACAAGGAAAAUGAACGAAAAAUGCGCUUCUUAUUAUCCUGGCCAUACGGAUCAUUUAGGAAAAAAAAUUCUUCGGGUUAUUUAUUUUCAAUAAUCACGUUUGAUGGAGUGAUUGAAAAAAAGUAUAUUGAAAAACUCGAAGUCGAACCCAAUCGAAUCUGAAAAUAUCCAAAUCAUCCAAGGACUAGAAUCAAAACGAUGUCGAAUGAAUUCACGUAAUCUGGCAAUGAGGAUCUUUCAGAAUUUGGGAAAAAAUUAGUUUAAAAAUAGAAUUGAAAAAAAAAAUGUUUUUCUACAAGUCGAGUUUUCCAUGAUACGAAUUUUUUUUAGAAAAAAUGUAGGAAAAAUCUGGUUUUUCAAGUUAUUUUUCGAUGAUUGAUUGAGGUUAUGAGCAAUAGGAUAAAAAUAAUGGUUUUUGUACUGUCGCGCGGUUGAGAUACAACAAAAUAAACGAACCAGCACAAAAAAUAUUUUGCAAUGCAGUUAAAAAAAUGUCGAUUAUCCCUUUGCUCGUCACGCACCUGGCGAUCGUAAGUCGAACGAAAAAAAGGAAGUACCGAUGCGAUACCAACGCUGCGCGGUGAGUUCAUCGUCAACAGUCAACAAGUUCGUUUUGAGGUCGAUUUUCGUUGCCUAUUGCUUUUGAGGAAUCUACGAUCAACUAGUCGGAAAAACAUGGCAGCCUCGGUGGGUGAAAGAAUUUGCGUUACUGAUGACAAGGAAUCUCAAUUUGACCAGGAUGUCUAUAAUUGGGUGGACAUUACUCACGAAUUUUUCGAUGCAAUCACAGGUCUGGAGCUCGGAGAGCUUCUCCACGAUGAUUUAUUUGGCCUCUUCGAGGCGAUGUCCGCGAUUGAAAUGAUGGAUCCAAAAAUGGAUGCGGGAAUGCUGUGCAACCGUGGAAAUAACAAAUCUUACACUUUCGAUCAAGCGGUUGAAUCCGGAGCUAUAAGACUAGACAAUUUAAGUCCUUCAGAGGUGAUCGGGAUUAUCGACUCAACUUAUGCUUGCAUAGUUUCUUGGCUGGAAGGCCACAGUUUGGCUCAGACGGUCUUCACCAAUCUUUAUCUUCACCAACCUGGACAAAUUGUGGACAAAACUCUAAAAACGUUCUGCUAUGCCAUUUAUAAAAUAAUCGAGGUCAUCAAGGACUGCAUAAAUAAAGCAUUGGUCUUUGAAGAAGAAGAUUUUCAGAGUGUCGCGUAUGGCUACAGGUUACAACAAGACAUCACUGAACAAAAAACUAUUUCCAUGCUCAGGGAAGUCGAAGAAGAACUUCACAAAAAAAGCCGAAUUAAACCUGUUGACGACGACACUGAAAAACAGUACAACGAUGGAUUGGCCCUCUACACAAGAAUAAGAUUCACAAAAAUGUUUUAUCAGACACUAUCGUUGAUGUGCAAGAAAGAACAGUUAUUGCAAAAUCUUGUAGACUGUCAACGUCUUCUUUCAAAUUCAUCAGACAUGAUACAAAUUAUGAUUAAGACGGUCAAUCGAGGGGACAAAGCAGACGAAAAAUCGAACCACCCGAGCAUCAUGGGAUUUGAUCCGAUGGUUAAUCAAAGGUUACUUCCUCCGACGUUUCCUCGGUACACGAAAAUCAAGCCGAGAGUCGAAGCCCUCGAAUAUAUGGACGAGCUUUUGAACAGAUUAAAGACUGUUACGAAGAUUUCUAGCUGCACCGGAUUUCACAGUGCCCUGGAUUUCUUUUUAGAAUUUUCACGCUCCAGUCCCUGCAUACUUUCGCGCUCGAUGUUACAGAUCGUUUAUUUACCGACUAAUAGAGUUUUCGGUACGCAAAAUUUUACCGACGUGUUGCGCGACGCAGCCAGAAAUUUCACAGCUCCACCAGCCUUAAUGCCCAAAAGCACUUUAUUACAAAAUCAACAGGCGAAAGAAUACGUUGAUAGCUUUUUGGCACACUGUGUCACGUUGUUCGGUAGCUUGUUGACGUUAAGUGGUCACAAUAGGGCGAGGCAGCGGGAUAAACUUGCACAUUUGCUGGAAGAUUGUGCAACGUUGCACGAUGAGGCCGAACGAGUCGAUCAACAUUUGCACACAUUAUCGUUAAAAAACGACACUUCAAGACCUCAUUUGGCGUGUUUUGGAACGUGGAUUCUGUACCACACGUUGAGAGUCAUGAUCAUGUAUCUUCUCAGUGGUUUUGAACUCGAGCUUUAUUCCGUGCACGAGUAUCACUAUAUUUUCUGGUACCUCUAUCAAUUUCUUUACGGUUGGCUCAUAUCGGCUCUCACGAGAGCUGACACUUUUCUCAUGGAACAAGAAGCCCACAGCGAAGCGCACAAAGGCAGGGGUGGAAAAAAGAGCGCGAAAAGCAAGAAAAAGAAAGUCGCGCCGAGACCUUUCAGCUUGGAAAUUCUUAUGUAUCAAGCGAUGCAAAAUAUUUGCGGAGGAUAUUAUAAGGCUCUCGUUGGGUUCAGGAUGGAUGGCAAAAUUCCUCUUCCCGAAUCGGAAUUCGACUCCGAGAGAGUUCGAUACGAGCACCGCUUAUUGCCAUUCUCGUCGUUGCUCAUACCACCCGCAGCAGACUAUCAGAAAUUCUACGACCUGACAAACUCUCAAAUGCAAAAGCGAAACGAGGCCAAGAGUGACAAACAAUAUUACGCGGCUUGCAGACACUUUGAUAGGGCUAGAAAUAUGCUGGAUUAUGCGAUUUCGUUAUGUCCGGCGACUGCGAAUACCGUAAAUGAGAUCAAUGAUCUCCUGAAAAUAGCAAAGACAAAUUUCGUCGUGGUGAAACUAUUAGCCGGUGGGCAUAAGAAAGAUUCCAAAGAGCCACCAGUCUUUGACUUUUCGUGUCAUCAACAUUUUCCACUGAUAAAACUUGUGUGAUCGUAAAACGAAGCAACUAAAAGCAAAGGAAAACAAAUCAAAUUCGUUGAACGAUAGUCUUCGAUCGCAAAAAAAAGUUCUUCACAUUGUAGAAAUAAAAUUUACUAUUUAUUUCAAAAACAAAUAAAAUAAAAUCAGCAAAAUUCACGACAUACAACGCAAAAAAGUAACACCAAAUCGAAGUUCAUCGCAAUUCAACUUCCCUCAUUAUUUUAAUCGGCAUAUGUACAUUUGUUCAUAAAUCUUAAUCCCUCAAAUAUGAUACGUGUCCAUCGUGGCUGUGUCGAGGUGUAGCAAAAAUUCAUUAAUUAAAAAUACAUCAAAUAAAAUUAUUGAAAAUCCUUUA